CCGCCGAGGAGUCGCGUUUUCUAGACAGGCAGCGCCUUGGCCACCUGGCAGGGCUGGGUCGCCUAGCAACGGCGGGGUCCUUCCUGGCUCGGCGGCGCUCGGGGCCUGAGGGGAGAAAGCGGCCGCGGAGGGCGCCGGGGCCCGGUGGCGGCGGCGGCUCAAGAGGCGGCAACCGGACGGCGGCGCGGGCUUGGCGCGCCCCGGAAUCCGGCCUCUGCACUUGAGAGGAGAUGAGCUCGGCCGACAAGGCCCGGGUGGGGCCCGCGGCCGACGGGCUUGCGCCGCCGGAGGAGGAGGAGGGCGAGGGGGGCGGCGAGGCGGGCGGGAAGGAGCCAGCGGCAGACGCGGCCCCCGGGCCCAGUGCCGCGUUCCGGUUCCUGGUGAGUCGGCGGGAGCCGGCCGUGAAGCUGCAGUAUGCUGUGAGCGGCUUGGAGCCGCUGGCCUGGUCCGAGGACCACCGCGUGUCCGUGUCCACGGCCCGGAGCAUCGCUGUGCUGGAGCUCAUCUGCGACGUGCACAACCCGGGCCAGGACCUGGUUAUCCACCGCACCUCGGUGCCCGCCCCUCUCAACAGCUGCCUCCUCAAAGUCGGCUCAAAAGCAGAGGUUGCUGAGUGUAAGGAGAAAUUUGCCACCUCCAAAGACCCCACAGUCAGUCAGACUUUCAUGUUGGAUAGGGUGUUCAACCCUGAGGGGAAGGCCUUGCCACCGAUGAGAGGAUUCAAGUACACCAGCUGGUCCCCCAUGGGUUGCGAUGCAAAUGGCCGGUGCCUCUUGGCAGCACUGACCAUGGACAACCGCCUGACCAUCCAGGCUAACCUCAACAGACUGCAGUGGGUCCAGCUGGUUGAUCUGACUGAGAUUUAUGGAGAGCGACUCUAUGAGACCAGUUACAGGCUCUCUAAAAAUGAGGCUCCAGAGGGGAAUCUCGGGGACUUCGCGGAGUUCCAGAGGAGGCACAGCAUGCAGACACCCGUCAGGAUGGAGUGGUCGGGCGUGUGCACCACGCAGCAGGUCAAGCACAACAACGAGUGCCGGGAUGUGGGCAGUGUGCUCCUGGCGGUCCUCUUUGAGAACGGCAACAUUGCUGUGUGGCAGUUUCAGCUGCCCUUUGUAGGGAAGGAAUCCAUCUCUUCGUGCAACACGAUUGAGUCAGGAAUCAACUCUCCUAGUGUUUUGUUUUGGUGGGAAUAUGAGCACAAUAAUCGGAAAAUGAGCGGCCUUAUUGUGGGGAGUGCUUUCGGACCUGUAAAAAUCCUUCCUGUCAAUCUCAAAGCAGUUAAAGGCUAUUUCACCUUAAGGCAGCCCGUUGUCUUGUGGAAAGAAAUGGACCAGUUGCCCGUGCACAGCAUUAAAUGUGUUCCGCUUUACCACCCGUACCAGAAGUGCAGCUGUAGCUUAGUGGUGGCUGCGAGGGGAUCCUACGUGUUUUGGUGUCUUCUCCUGAUCUCCAAAGCAGGUCUCAAUGUCCACAAUUCCCACGUCACAGGCCUUCACUCACUGCCAAUCGUCUCCAUGACUGCAGACAAGCAGAAUGGAACCGUAUAUACCUGUUCCAGCGACGGGAAGGUGAGGCAGCUGAUUCCCAUUUUCACCGAUGUUGCAUUAAAGUUUGAACACCAGUUAAUUAAACUCUCAGAUGUGUUCGGCUCGGUGAGGACACACGGGAUAGCAGUGAGCCCCUGUGGCGCAUACCUGGCUGUCAUCACCACCGAGGGCAUGGUCAACGGCCUCCACCCCGUGAACAAAAACCACCAGGUCCAGUUUGUUACUCUCAAAACCUUUGAAGAGGCAGCUGCUCAGCUCUUGGAAUCUUCCGUUCAAAAUCUCUUCAAGCAGGUGGAUUUAAUAGAUCUUGUGCGCUGGAAGAUUUUAAAGGAUAAACAUAUCCCUCAGUUUUUACAAGAAGCUUUGGAAAAAAAGAUUGAAAGCAGCGGAGCCACCUAUUUUUGGCGUUUCAAACUCUUCCUCCUGAGAAUUUUAUAUCAGUCCAUGCAGAAAACCCCUUCAGAAGCAUUAUGGAAACCCACCCACGAGGACUCCAAAAUCUCAUUGGUUGACUCCCCCGGGACGGGCAAUGCUGAGGAAGAACAGCAGGAGGAAGGCACGUCUUCCAAACAGGCGAACCGGCAGGGCCUGCAGGACAGGAGCAGAGAGGGCGACACGGAGGACCCCGCUGAUGACUCCCUGACCCAGGCCGGAGAUGCCGGGGGCCGCGAGCCGAUGGAAGAGAAGCUCCUGGAGAUCCAAGGGAAGAUCGAAGCUGUGGAAAUGCACUUGACCAGGGAGCACAUGAAGCGAGUCUUAGGGGAGGUGUACCUGCAUACCUGGAUCACAGAAAACACUAGCAUCCCCACUCGAGGCCUCUGUAACUUCCUGAUGUCUGACGAGGAGUGUGAUGACCGAACGGCACGGGUGCUGAUUGGACACAUCUCAAAGAAGAUGAACAAACAGACUUUCCCUGAGCACUGUAGUCUGUGUAAAGAGAUCUUGCCAUUCACAGAUCGCAAACAGGCCGUCUGCUCCAACGGCCACAUCUGGCUCCGGUGCUUUUUAACCUACCAGUCCUGCCAGAGCUUGAUAUACAGAAGGUGUUUGCUCCACGACAGCAUCGCCCGCCAUCCAGCUCCGGACGAUCCUGACUGGAUCAAGAGGUUACUGCAGAGCCCCUGCCCUUUCUGCGAUUCUCCGGUCUUCUGAGCGGCGGCGGUGGGAGCUGGGACGGGCGCGCGCUCGGUUGCGGAAAACACCCUCGGGCUGAGGACGUGGGAUGCGCUGGCUGAGCCUGGGCUUCGCGUGGGCCGGCCUCUUCGGGAGCGGAAACAGGGCGCUGGGAACUCCUUUC